CCUCUGUGAGGCGUUUACGGCUCACCGACGGUGCUCAAGGUCCCUGCUCGAUGUUUUGGUAGGAAAUCGGGGGUGUGCGCAUUAUGCUUGACAUGGUGGGAAGUGAGGAAGUCAUGGCAAAUGGGCACAAUGACCGCGAUCUUGACAUCAGCGGUGUGGUGUCCGAGCUGGGCAAGGUGCGCUCCUCGCUCGGCAGCAACGAGGAGGAGUUCGGCUUCCUGGCUAACCUGCUGCAGAGCGCCCAGCUGCAGAGUCUCAUCCAGGCCCACAGCACAAUCAUGGCGAGCAUGACGGAGAACAUGUGCCAGCCGGUGCUCUCCACGGCCGAGGACAUCGCGUUCGAAGUGAUGGGGGAGAUCCAGCUGAAGGGCCUGACCCAGCCGGACGCCGUCGAGCUCUUCCGGCUGCUGCAGGCGCCACACAUGCUGCACCUGCUGUCGGCGCAUGACGUGGUGGCGCAGAAGGACUUCGUGCCGCGCCUGCCGGACCCGCCAACCGACGCUGCCGACGAGGAGGAGGAGACCGUCAAAAUCGUGCAGCUCGUCAAAAGCAACGAGCCGCUGGACGGUUCAAAGGGAUGCGAGCCUAUUGUGGGCGCCACCAUCAAGGCGGACGAGCAGACGGGCGCCAUCGUGAUCGCGCGGGUGAUGCACGGCGGCGCUGCCGACCGGUCAGGCCUGAUCCACGUGGGCGACGAGGUGCUCGAGGUCAACGACAUCGACGUCACCGAUCGCUCGCCCAACGACGUGCUGCGCAUCCUGACCCAGGCUCAGGGCACCAUCACCUUCAAGCUGAUCCCGGCCGACACGCGGCACGCGGCGCGCGAGUCCAAGGUGCGCAUGCGCGCCCUCUUCGACUACGUGUCCUCCGAGGACAAGCACAUUCCGUGCCGCGAGGCGGGCCUCGACUUCCAGCGGGGAGACAUCCUGCACAUCGUCAGCCAGGACGACAUCUACUGGUGGCAGGCGCGUCGGGAGGGCGACUACAGCAUGCGGGCCGGCCUGAUCCCCAGCCGGGCGCUGCAGGAGCGGCGCAUUCUGGCCGAGCGCACGCAGCGCGCCGACGAUAAGGGCAUUUCUUGCGUGGCGAGGUCUCCAGGCAGUCGCAGUAACAAAAUACGCAAGAUCAUGUACGACGCGGCCGAAAACGACGACUUUGACCGCGAGGAGGUGGCCACCUAUGAAGAGGUGGCCAAGCUGUACCCGCGGCCCGGCUACCACCGGCCGAUCGUGCUGGUGGGGCCGCCCGGUGUGGGGCGCAACGAGCUGAAGCGCCGCCUGGUGGCCACCAACCCGGACAAGUACCGCUCUGUCAUACCCUACACAUCGCGGCCGCAGCGGCCGGGCGAGAGCAACGGCGUCGACUACCACUUCGUGUCCCGCGCCGACAUGGAGGACGGGCUGGCGCGCGGCCGCUUCGUCGAGUUCGGCGAGUACCGCGGCAACCUGUACGGCACCGCCCAGGAGAGCAUCCUGUCCAUCAUCAACAGCGGGCAGGUGUGCGUGCUCUGCCCGCACUACCAGGCCAUCAAGAUGGUGCGCACCAGCGAGAUGAAGCCGCACAUGGUGUUCGUCAAGCCGCCCAUGUACGAGCGGCUCAAGGAGACGCGCGCCUCCAGCUACGCCCGCUCCACGUUCGACCAGACCAGCACGCGCGGCUUCACCGACGACGAGCUGCGGGACAUGCUACACUCUGCGGCGCGGCUCGAGUUCCACUACGGCCACUUAUUCGACGAGACCAUCGUCAAUGACAACCUGUCGACGGCCGUCGAGCAGCUGCUGCGGACGGCCCGCCGCGUCGAGAACGAGCCGCUCUGGGUGCCGGCCAGCUGGGUGCAAUAGCGGCCCGGCGCUGCCAGGCCCGCCGCGCCUGCCGGCCGGCGGCCGGCGCCGGCGCACCGGCUCGCGCCACCGGUCACUGCCAGGCGAUGUUGCGAGGGCGGCGCCGGCGGCCCUCUUCCCGUCUUCGUUCGUUGUUGUCCGGCGGCGCGGCGCGGCAUGGCGGGGCGCUGCUCUGCCGGCGUCGGCUGUCGCGCGGCGCCGCUCAGCCCGAUCCCGAGGCGUGCGCCGCCUUCUGAUCUCGCUGUAGGAUUAGGUCCGGUGUGGGCAGCGGAGGCUGGCGGGCCGCGGCGGCCCGGAGCUCGGCCUCGCCGGCCUGUCUCGCUCGGGGGUGCGCCAGACCGGGGCCCGGCUAACCGUCGCCGUGAUCAGCACUGGGCGUACGCCAGCCACGUACCGUGGCGCGGGUUGACCGACGGCACACUAUUGCAACUCCAGCCGCCGCCGGAUCUUGGCUCGCGCCGUCUCGCGCGACUGAAGCGUGGCCCACCAGGCUCUCGCCGGGGCAGGCGGUCCGCGCGUCGGCUUCAGCGCCGCGCGGCGGUCCGGGCGGAGCGGAGGGCGCCGAGUGGACACGCCGCUCGCAGCAAGUCAGCUAGUCAUUACCCAAAGACGCGGCGGGAGAACGAUACCAGAGUUUGCGAUCAAACCGUAGUGCGCUCGGCGAUGUGGGGGCAUUCGGCCGGUCAUGUCGGGGUGAGAGGCGAGCGGCCGGACCCGCCCUGAGGUCGACGUCGCGCUGACGUCGCAUGAUAGCCUUUAGGCGAUGCUGGGGUGAGCGGAGAGCGAUCGGUACGCGCGCGUCACGCCGGCGGGAGUAGUUUGAGUCGGCUGCCGCUGCACGGCGGAUUGGUGUCAUUAGUGAUCCGAGAAACGCAGUCUGGACAGACUUCAGCCUCUGGAGGAGUGACCGGCUAGGUCAUGCUGCCAAGAGACUUUGUUGUCCGUAAGUUGUGGAGUGAAGCGCUUAAAUCCCUCUCCUUCCCUCUGCGUGACUGUUGUGCUGAUCGCUAGUCUUAAAUGAGACAAUUGGACUAGUGCUAAUGCCGGACGCGAGUCGUAUCAUUUAUUAUGGCAGUUGUCGCACGAGACAGUUAUUAAGGUGGUGUGAACGAAACGAGUCCUUCAUUUUGAUCGCAUGCAUUGGUAACCCCUCAGCGUCGACUAGGGACUGCAGGCGACUCAGCGGGGCUGAGACACCUGAUCGCGUGAGACUGGCCCACGGCACGCGCCGCCCCUCUCGUUUUCUCAAUGACGCAAUUUGGAAGUUGAGCAGGGAAUCACAGUAUCCUUUUCACUUUUUACCGCAUCAAACUGCCGUGUAGGACGUUGGCUUGAUGUGGCAUUAUCUGGUUCAACUGCCGGUGCAAUAUGUUUCCACCAAUUGUUUUUUUUUUUGUAUUUCGUUUGUCUGUUACAAAGACGUCGGAUUAUCCAACGCCUCUAGUAUUCCAAGAAAGUUUUGUACCCGGUAUAGAAAAGGUGGCAAGGUUUGAAACGAAUACCCAUCAAACAGGGGCGUAGUUUCCUCUUCAGUUGAGGGCUCCAGACACCCCCCCCCCCCCCUCCCCAACCUGGGCUUCAGGCCACGCAACCGUGAGAAAAAAUCGGGCCGUGUGUUGUGUCAUUUUUCACUCAUGAGCACUCAACCUCAUUUUGCGAAAACUGCGACUGCAGUUUGUAUUUGGUGGACAUUUUCUUCUGCGAGAGAUCUGAUACUGCUGCGAUGCUGUCACAUGCUGUUCAUGCGUCGGACAGCUUUUUCACGCUUUUUGGUCUCAACUGCCGAACAACGUUGUCCUGUUUCGUACUGAGUGUUGUAAUGUUUGCCAUUCGCACCACUUCUUUGAAAGAUUUGUAUGUGGAGAUGCCCUCAGCCAAUGAGCUAAAAUAUGUUUUGUAUGGGCCCACUGAUUGAAAAUAGCCUACGUAAAACCUGCCAGCAUGGGCCAGGACUUGUCUGAGGAGAUGGCUUCCAUCUAACAUUUGAUGUGCAAUUUGCCAGCAGGAUUAAUUCGCAGGAAUGUGCAAAACUCUUAAAGCAGAACAUCUUUGUGAACUGGACGAAUAAUCCUGGUAAAAACCGAUAUAGUUCUUCAUGGCAACGAAAGUUUUUUGCAACGAACGAUAGUAUUAGCAAUCUUAGACCGGCGUGAACGUGCGAAGGCUCCCUGGCCGGCAGUUCUGAUCAUGGGAGAAGCCGAAACGCUUCGUUUAUUUCACCACGAGGAUAUACGACGACGGGUAAAAGAUUGCCUUCAGAGUUUCAUACGCGAUGUGUCGAAAUCACCUGGCUUUCGCUUUCGAAAUUUGAUUCGGAGUUCUUAUAGUGAGUAUUGAGCUUCAAGUUAGCGAUGAGUUACAUUUACAGUUUUCAGUAAAUUCAAGUCGAUUAUUGGUUAUCGACGCUGUUUAUUGGUUAUCGACGCUGCUCUGCAACGUUGUUAAACCAGUACCCUCCGGUACAGUAAAGAUCGAUAGCCCAGCAACAGAACUCUUGAGUGCACGAAGUAAAAAAAGGAGCUGAAGGCCUCUCUUAUACUUCUCGUUUUUUAUAUAGCUUGUUGUGAUCACAAUUUGCAAUAUUUUGAAUA